CGGUCAGGUGCAAAGUUGUCCAUCUCCAUUUCAAUAAAAGAAAAAAACAGCGAAAAGUUGUAGAGAAAAAUAAAUACAUGAAUACUACCGCCAAGGUGUUUGUCGGCAGCCUGCCGCGCUGCAAGCCGGAGGAGCUGCGUCGACUGUUCACCAACUAUGGAUCGGUCGUUGAGUGCGACGUGAUGAACCGCUGCGCCUUCGUCCACCUGGAGAACACGGACAUGGCGGAGGCGGCCAUCGCCGCGCUGAAUGGCACCAUCUUCAAGGGCCAGCCCAUCGUGGUGGAGGCGGGCAGGCCAAAGUACGGCCCAGGAGCUGGCAGUCGAGGUCAGCCGGGCUCUGGUGACAAUCCGGGGCGCAGGCCUUCGCAGAUUCAAGGUGGCGGAGCGGACCAGAGACCUCAUGAAUCAGGUACCAACUUCAAGCGCAAUUUUCGUGAGGAAGUCGGUGACAGAUACUCCAACGAAGGCCCAAGGAGCUCCAACUCCUCGGCCGCCAAAUUUGGACCCGUGAGAAACGAGUCCAACUACAGACAACAGCGCAGUGCUCCAUACUCGAAAGGACCACCGAACAAUGAGUCUUCCAAUCAGGGACAGGGAUUUAGGAACAAAUUUGCAGGUGGUGGCAAGUUCGGUGGAAGCGCGGGCAACGAGGGACGCUUCGGCAACAAUCGGUUUCAACAGCGGGACAACAGUGGACCCCCGCCUGGCAGAAGAAACUUCAAGAACAGUCCAACCAGUGGAUAUAGAGGAGGAGGCAAUACUAGUGACUUCCAGGGAGGCAGCUCCAGCAGUGUGGGAGGAGGAUCCGUAAAUCAGAGGGUCGGCGGCGGCGGACCAGGUCCAAGCAAUAUGCGACAGGAUCGACGUGGAUUUGCCCUGCCUGUAGAGCAUCAGCAGCAGCAAAUGGGCUUCGGACGCUUUGGCAAUGGACCCAUGAACUCUGGCAAUCGUGGGAGUAAUGGAGGAAAUCCACCAGGAGGACGUGGUUUCUUCAAUGGAGGAGGAGGCGGAUUCAAUGACAGACGCGGUAGUAGUCACGAAACAAGCAGUCCCCAAGGAGGCCCAGGAGGCCCAAGCAAGCGCGGAGGUUCAGGAGGUAGAAAUCACAAUCAGAAUGACUUAAAUGCAUAUCACUCGGAGUUUCCGCCUUUGGGCAGUGGCGGCGGAGGACCAGGCCAAAGAAACCGCUUCAACGGACCCAGAUCCGGGCCAAAUAUGGGCGGCAAUAGAAGAUUUUAAGAAAGUGCAAUGCCGCAACGAUGUUUGCCAGUCCUCGUGUACUCCACUUAAUAAUGUAAUAGCCGAAUUUUGUUUUUCAUUGUUUCGCGCCAAGAAUCUUUUUAGUUAAGCCAACGACGACUUUUAAUUUGUCCUAUAGCCGUGUACUUUUAAGACCACAUCAACAGUAUAUUUGUUAUUCGUAGUCUAAGAUUGUUUCGAUAUUUAUGCAAUACUUAAAUAAUCAUAUUUCUUGUGUGCAACUAGAUACAAGUCAAUCAAUACAAUCAUAAACACCA